UAUCAAUCUGAUAAGAUAACUGAUAAAACUAGACUGAAAGCUCCGUUAUCAGCAUUGGGUACUUCCAAUGAUGGGAUUUGUGUCAAUGAAACUAGAGAAUUACAGUAUAUACCUAUUGCGCCUAAUCAAAUAAUUACACGACCUCGAAAUAUUCCAAAAGAGUCUUGCUGCGAUGGUUACGCAAACAUUUCCGACAACCCUCUCAAAUGCAGCCCCAUUUGUGACCCCGAAUGCAUUUUUGGAACUUGUAUUAAACCCAAUCAAUGUGAAUGUUUGUCAGGUUACAAAGGAGAAUAUUGUGAAGUAUUCGAAAUGUUUUGCGCUGACGAAUAUUGGGGCAGUGAUUGCGACAAAAAAUGCGAAUGUAACGGUUCUAAUUGUACUGCAUCAGAAGGAAUAUGUACUUGUCAAGCUGGGUUUACCGGAGAACAUUGUAACAUCCCUUGCGUUAAAACACAUUAUGGACUUAAUUGCAGUGAAUUGUGCGAUUGUGUAAACGGAAUUUGCGAUGGAGUUACCGGAAGUUGUAGUUGUUAUCCUGGAUUUAUAGGAAAAAAUUGUUCAAUGGAAUGCCCCCAAGAUAAAUACGGUUCAAACUGCACAGAAACUUGUAAAUGCGAAAACGAUGCGAUUUGUAACGGAAUAAAUGGAUCAUGCGAAUGUAAACCGGGGUUUCAAGGUGAAUUUUGUGAAAAACCUUGCUCUAAAGGUUUUUGGGGCCCUAAUUGUAGCGAAAUUUGUUUAUGCAGUGAAAUGGAUAUUUGCGAUACAAAAAGUGGGAAUUGUUUUUGUGAAAAUGGAUUUACCGGACAACAGUGUACAAAACCUUGUGAACCAGGUUUUUGCGGGUUUGAAUGUUCCCAAAUAUGUUCCUGCUCAAACGGAAUAUGUUCACCUCAAAAUUGUACAUGCGAUUGCCCUCCGAUGAUGCAUGGAACAAGCUGUUCUGAAAGUUGUAAUUGCAAUAAAGACAACACAGAAAAAUGUAACCAAAUUUCGGGAAAAUGCGAAUGUAAACCAGGUUGGAUUGGACCCACAUGUAACGAACCUUGCCAGGCUGGUUUUUAUGGUUAUAACUGUGAAAAAGAGUGUACUUGCAAUUGGAAUAAUACGCUUCAAUGCAUUAAUGGGUUAUGUAGAUGUAAAGAUGGUUUUUCAGGAGAACAUUGCGAUUCUAAAUGUGAACCUGGUUAUUAUGGAAGUAAUUGUACCAAGAUUUGCUUUUAUACUGGAUUAGAUAAUUAUGUAUGUGAUCCAGUUCAAGGAGAUAUUUGUAGUUCACUUUACAACGGAACAAAUUGCGGUACUUGUAAAUGUAUUAAUGGUUCAUGUUUAAAAGAUAAAUGUGAUUGCGAUGUUGGGUAUUACGGGAAAUGGUGCCAGGAGCGUUGCUCGAUAACAAAUUAUGGUAAAAAUUGUGAAAAUAUAUGCGGAUGUAUUAAUUGUAGAGCCACCGAUGGUUAUUGCAAAUGCCAGGAUGGUUUUAAAGGAAAAACAUGCUCAGAUUAUUGUCCAGUAAGCCUUUACAACAAUACAACAAAUCAAUGUAUAAACCUGUAUGAAGAAGAUUCAUAUCAUUCAAUUAUUUUGUAUUGUGCUAUUGGAAGUACUUCUAUAUUGGCACUAAUAAUGAUUUUUACGAUUAUAAUUUGCCUUAAAUAUAAAAAUAAAGAUAGAUCUUAUGGUAUGGUAAAUCUAACAGCGCCAAAGAUGUCCCUACCAACUCUACCAAGUCCAGAUAAUUAUCUAUCGGCAAAUAGCAAUACCUAUGAAAGGGAGGAACCCGAUUAUGAAACUAUUCCUGAUACAGUACCAUCUAAUUAUCAAAACCUUGCCCGCGAAGAUGAAAUACCAAGGCAUGCUCGAGAAGCCAGUUAUUUUCUUGCAUAUGAAACCCCUCGUCAUGUUCCUCAACACAUCGAAAUGUAUACCUCCCCAACACAAGAAUACGUUUUUUUAAAUCGAAGUAGUAUUGGUCCACAUCGGAAGAAUUAAAUUUAAGUUUUAAUGUAUUAUUUUUUUUAUUAAAUCAAAAAUUAUUAAUACAAAUCAAGUAUUGAAACUUAAAUAUCAAAUUUCCUUCUAAAUUAAUAAACUUUAAACGUAA